UGAAGAAUACUUGAAAACCAAAUUUGCGGAAUUGGGUAGUAAAAACAACCUUACUGUGGAAUGUUCACAUAGUGAUAAGUCAUGGGUUGCAAACUCUAAUCAUUGGAAUUAUGGUGGUUCUAUUCCUGUUACUUCCAGAUGCUUUGAAAAAAAAGGGGUAUUAUUUCCAAUGGGUCGUGGUGAUGAC